UUACCAACUCGUCACUGUAUUCUCCCACAUGCAUAUUUCCCAACAACUCCCUCCACCUCCCAUGGCUUCCAUCUCCUCCCCCAUCUCCAUUUCCCCCAAACUCCCCAUUUUUCCAAAAUACUCCCCCCUCUUUCCUUCUCCUCUCUCUUUUCCAACCAAAUCCAGGAAGCUCAGGGUCUUCUGUUGCUUAGCAUUAGAUCAUCAACAAAAUUGCUCAGCCAAUGUCGAACCCUCAGCUGAUCUUCGUGUGGUGUUCGCCAGUGGUGGUACCGGCGGCCACAUUUACCCAGCCGUCGCCAUCGCGGAUGAGAUCAAGAUCAUUAACCCUAACGCUCAAAUCCUCUUCCUCGGCACCGGUCACGGUAUGGAGAGCACGGCCGUUCCUUCCGCCGGCUACGAUUUCGAUUCCAUUCCUGCCGUCCCACUGGCCCGGCCGAUCUUCUCCCCCCAAAACGUCCUCCUCCCUUACCGUCUGAUCAAAUCGAUGGUCCAAUGUUACCGCCGUUUGCGUGACUUCGACCCCGAUAUUGUGGUCGGCACCGGCGGCUACGUCUCGUUCCCGGUUUGUCUGGCGGCUGCGCUGAAAGGAUUGAAAUUGGUGAUCCAGGAGCAGAACUCGGUGCCCGGGAUCGCGAAUUGGGUGCUUUCGUGGUUCGCUGAUCAGGUUUUUGUUGCCUUCAAUUCAUCUAUUGACUACUUCCCAAAGCACAAGUGUAUUGUAAGUGGCAAUCCGGUGAGGUUAUCGGUGAGGCGCUAUGUUUCGAAGGCGGCAGCAAGGUUGCAUUUCUUUCCAAGUUAUGUGAAUUCAGGGAAUUUGGAGGCGAAGGUAGUGUUGGUUCUUGGAGGUUCUUUAGGAGCCAAUGCUAUCAACAUUGCAAUGUUGAAUUUGUACUAUCAAAUGCUGUUGGAGCACAAGAACUUGUUUAUCAUUUGGCAGACAGGUAUCGAGGCUUUUGAUGAGAUGGAAAGCCUUGUUAAGAAUCAUCCACAUUUGGUUUUGUCCCCGUUCUUGCACAAUAUGGAUUUAGCAUAUGCAGCUGCAGAUCUUGUUGUUUCUAGAGCUGGUGCAAUGACUUGCACUGAGAUCUUGGCCACUGGGAAACCUUCUAUUCUGAUACCAUCACCAAAUGUUGCUGAAGGACAUCAAUUCAAAAAUGCCAUUUUAAUGGCAGAUUUAGCAGGUUCAAGAGUUAUAACUGAAGAUGAACUUGAUUCAACUACUCUUAGAAUUGCAAUUGAGGAGAUUCUAGAUGAUCCAAGUCUCAUGGCAGACAUGUGUGAGCGGGCUCUAAAGGUUGCAAAGCCCCAUGCUUCUGCAGAGAUUGCACAUCAUAUUAUCUCUCUAGCCAAGAUGUCAAGAGCCAAGAAGUGACACAUCGAAGUUAAGGAAUUUGCCACUUGAGAACAGACCUGUCUGUAAAUACUGCUUUUGGUAUUCACUUUCAUGUUUCCUCAAAGCAAUGACAUUCCACUGAAAAGCCAGAAGCUCCACAGAAGUUGAGGCCAUGCAAUUGUCCGCGAGUGAUACGCCAAGACAUUAUAGAAGUAGAUCUUUUUUAUGUAAACAAAUAAGAUUCACUGGGUGUUUAUGAUGGGUUGAUUGGUUCAAUGUGGGAACCGCACUUGGUUAAAGCACUUUGUAGUUCAUCGAACAUCUCUCUCAAAAACACUUUCGGCUCAGCCAUGGGCUCCCAAACACCCAGCAGGAUUAUGUUGCAGUCUUUCCCAGGAGUUCUAUCCAGGUACAACUACUACUGCCAUCAGUUAAUCUACCAGAAAUUACUUGACGGUUUUUGUCCUUCAAUUUCUAUUCCCAAUGCAAGGACUAUAUUUGUAUGGAUUAAAA